CAUGUAAAAAUAGUUAAAAACCCCUAAUCCCCUUCUCUUAACCUGCCGAGGCAAGGUAUAAGCGCAGCCUUCAUGUUUCAAGUAGGCCCAUCCUCUUCUAUCUCCCUCCUCCAGAAACGCCACACGCUGCCUCGGUCUCAAAAACCUUUCUUUCCGUUGGGUUUUGGUGUUUUGGCCAUUCAUUGUUUUGUGUUUCUCAAAAUUCUCAGAAAAAAUUCAACCUUUUCCAAUCAGUCCCUGGCUGUGUACUUCAGAUGCUCCCAAAACUCGCGAGACUCCAUUAGUUCAGUUCCUGAAUUGGUUGUGAUUGUCCAAAUUCCAGAAUCCACAAAAGGGUCUCGAGAUUCUAUGAAAUGAUUACACAACUCCACCAUCUUGUUGUUGUAUCUCCUGUUAUUUACCUAAGGGCCCGUGAUAUGCAAAACCUAUAUCCAGUUUCCCUUCAAGUUCGAGGCUUUGGCGGCACAGGACAUACCCUUGAUUCAAAAAUCUCAUGCUUUAAGUCAACUCGGCCACCAAGUCCACUUUUUGCUAGCCGUGUAUCUCGGGUUGCUAAAACUGAGGCUCAAGAUGUGCUCUUUGAUUACCUGCAUUGUACUAGGAGCUAUAGUUUCACUGAUGCUGAGCAUAUCAGCAAGAACUCCCCUCGUUUCAUUCAAGACUUGCUAUCCAAGAUUGACAGUGAGAAAGAUGUUGUAAGAUCCUUAACCAAAUUUUUAAGGUACAAUCCUAUCAAUGAGUUUGAGCCGUUCUUUGAGAGUUUGGGUUUGAGCCCAUCUGAGCUCCCUUCUCUUCUUCCACGGAACUUGAUGUAUUUGAAUGAUGAUCACCUUAUGCUUGAGAAUGUUCAUAUUUUAUGCAAUUAUGGGAUUCCUCGUGGUAGAAUUGGUAGGAUGUACAAGGAAGCAAAAGAGAUCUUUGGACAUGAUUAUGGGGUUCUGGCUUUGAAACUUCAGAGUUAUGAAAAUUUGGACUUAAGCAAAAGCACAGUUAUAAAGCUGGUCAGUUGUUGUCCAUCAGUUUUGGUUGGUGGUAUCGACACUAAUUUUGUUCAAGUUCUUGAAAUUUUGAAGAAAUUAAAGUUGAGAAAUGACUGGAUUGGGGGAUAUUUAACUGGUAAAUGCACAUAUAAUUGGAGGAGAAUUCUUGAUACCCUGGAUUUCCUUGAGAAAGUUGGUUACCGUGAAGAUCAGUUACUUGAUUUGCUUAAAAACAACCCGGCACUAGUGUUUGAAGGUUCGGGGAAGAAGAUUUAUAUAUUGUUUGGCCGGCUGGUCAAGUUGGGUCUCAAAAUGGAUGAAGUUUAUUCUUUAUUCAUACAAAACCCAAAACUAUUGCUGGAAAGAUUUGCCAAAAAUCUUUUGCAUGCAAUAUAUUUCCUGUUUUACAUUGGAAUGACAGCAGAAGACGUUGCAAGCAUUGUAUCAAUCCAUACAGAACUUGUGUUUUCGUGUUCCUUGAAAGGACCAAAAACUGUUUGUAAAGAACUGAAAGUUGGGAAAGAUGGUUUAUGCGAAAUUAUAAAGGGAGACUCAUUGAAGCUGUUCAGUUUAGCGUCUAAAUCAAAAGUCAAAAGAAAUGAGCAGGUAGGCUCCCAAGAUCCAAGAAAGCGUAUGGAAAAAACAGAUUUUUUGUUGAGAUUGGGGUAUGUCGAGAAUUCGGAUGAGAUGAUGAAAGCUUUAAAACAGUUCAGAGGCAGAGCUGAUCAGUUACAGGAGAGGUUUGAUUACUUGGUUCAAGCCGGUUUGGACUUCAAUGUUGUGUCUAGCAUAAUUAAACAGGCUCCAAUGGUUCUUAACCAGAGCAAAGAAGUAGUGGAGAAGAAGAUUGAUUGCUUAACAAAAUGUUUAAAUUACCCACUUGAGUCUGUGGUGGCUUUUCCAGCCUACUUAUGUUAUGAUCUAGAGAGGAUUAAGCAUAGGUUUUCAAUGUAUGUUUGGCUAAGGGAGAGAGGUGUAGCAAAGCCCAUGUUAUCCUUGAGCACCCUUCUCGCAUGUUCAGAUGCACGGUUUGUAAAAUAUUUUGUAAAUGUACAUCCAGAAGGCCCAGCCAUGUGGGAAAGCUUGAAGAAAUCAUCAACUGCAAGCUAAGGCUAAUCUAUCCUCGUAUUAUAUAGAUGUGGUUCUACUA